GUGAACUGUAAACCCAGUCCAAGAAGAGAACCUACAAACUGGACUUGUAGAUUAAAAUUACCUUAUCAAAAAGACAGACUGAAAGUUUCCUCAAGACCUGCCUCUGUACAUAGGCUGACCCAGCAAAAGAACUGAGCAUUACAGCCUGAGAUGGAUGGCAGUCACUGCAAAGUUAUUGCUCCUCUCCUGACUCAGAGACACCAGAGGAUGGUUACCAAGGAUGGUCACAGCACGCUUCAAAUGGAUGGCGCUCAAACAGGCCUUGCGUAUCUUCGAGACGCUUGGGGAAUCCUAAUGGACAUGCGCUGGCGCUGGAUGAUGCUGGUUUUCUCCGCCUCUUUUGUUAUCCACUGGCUUGUCUUUGCAGUGCUCUGGUAUGUUCUAGCUGAGAUGAAUGGUGACCUGGGACUAGAUCAUGACGCCCCACCUGAAAACCACACUAUCUGCGUCAAGUACAUCACCAGUUUCACAGCAGCAUUCUCCUUCUCCCUGGAGACACAGCUCACAAUUGGUUACGGCACCAUGUUCCCCAGUGGUGACUGUCCAAGUGCAAUCGCCCUCCUUGCCAUACAAAUGCUGCUAGGCCUCAUGCUAGAGGCUUUUAUCACAGGUGCCUUUGUGGCGAAGAUUGCCCGGCCAAAAAAUCGAGCUUUCUCAAUUCGCUUUACUGACUUAGCAGUAGUAGCUCACAUAGAUGGCAAACCUAAUCUCAUUUUCCAAGUGGCCAACACUCGACCUAGCCCUCUAACCAAUGUUCGGGUCUCAGCUGUGCUCUAUCAGGAACGAGAGAACGGCAAACUCGACCAGACCAGUGUGGACUUUCACCUUGAUGGCAUCAGUUCUGAGGAGUGUCCAUUCUUUAUCUUUCCACUCACCUACUACCACUCUAUUAUACCAUCAAGUCCUCUGGCUACUCUGCUCCAGCAUGAAAAUCCUCCCCACUUUGAAUUAGUUGUGUUCCUUUCAGCAAUGCAGGAAGGCACUGGAGAAACGUGCCAGAGGAGGACAUCCUACCUGCCCUCCGAGAUCAUAUUGCAUCACUGUUUUGCAUCUCUGUUGGCCCGAGGCUCCAAAGGUGAAUAUCAAAUCAAGAUGGAGAAUUUUGACAAGACUAUUCCUGAAUUUCAAACUCCUCUGGUCUCCAAGAGCCCAAACAGGACUGACCUGGAUAUCCACAUCAACGGACAAAGCAUUGACAAUUUUCAGAUCUCUGAAACAGGACUGAUAGAGUAA